UAUAAAUACUAGACAUAACUCCACUCAUAAAUCUCACAGCUAGCCAAGCAUCUUCUAAAUUAUUAAUUUAUUAUUUCUCAUUCUAGCUAGCAUUAUAAAUCAUGGGUGUUUUCACUUUUGAUGAUGAAAAAACUUCUGUUGUAGCACCUGCUAUACUUCACAAAGCUCAUGUUACAGAUGCUAACACUCUUAUCCCAAAAGUUAUUGAUGACAUCAAAAGUAUUGAAGUUGUUGAAGGAAACGGCGAUGCUGGAACGAUAAAAAAAAUCACUUUCGUUGAAGAUGGUGAAACCAAACAUGUGUUGCACAAAAUUGAGUUAGUAGAUGCUGUUAACUGGAAUUACAACUACAGCAUAGUUGGAGGUGCUGGGCUUCCAGACACAGUUGAGAAGAUCUUAUUUGAGGCUAAAUUGUUUGCAGGACCAAAUGGAGGAUCCAUUGCAAAGCUGAUUGUGACAUACUUCACAAAAGGUGAUGCUGCUCCAAGUGAAGAGCAACUUAAGAAGGAUAAAGCUAAGGGUGAUGGUCUUUUCAAGGCUCUCGAGGGUUACUGUGUGGCUAAUCCUGAUUACAAGUAAAACAUAUAAUCAUCAAGUGUUUGCUUUAUACAUGGUUUGUUGUGACACAUUAUACUAAAUAUCUAGUGUGCUUAAUUUGGGUGCGGAUGUAAUGUUUUUAUUUCCUUUUCCUUAUGUUGCGGAAGUGUGAGUGUGAGAUUGUUAGUCAUUUUCUACCUAUCCAAUAAAUGAUAAUAAUUCUUCAUCUAUUUCUGUUUA